AUGAGUCGACGGAAUUCGGUCAUCGAGCUUCUUUCCGACUCUGAAGACAGUUUUGUGGUCUCUACUUCAAAUAGGCGUCGUGUGCGGCAAAGGCGUCAGGACCGGUCUACCACACCUGCAGAAGACCCAAUAGUGAUUCUGUCCGAUGCUGAAGAGGCUCACUCAGAUGGAGAUGUUGAGAUCACAGGCGAACAGACUUUGGCCCCGCCACAAAGAAGGGCUUUUUCCAGACAACGGCCGGGUUUCACAUUGUACCAGCCCAACGGGCCCGUUUUCCAACCAGAUGAGUCUGUGCGAAUAUCCGGAACACAGCGGACAAUAGCAGCAAAUAGACCUCGCCGGCGACUUCGCCCCCGGUAUCCCAGACGAGCGAACAAUCAAAGAGCGCAUUUAACAAAUGAAUACAUCAACGAAGUCCUCCGCAACAACUGGAUGGUGAACGCUUUUCGACUUGGACGAACAGAUAGUGACAGUUCGAUAGCUUCAAGAGUGCUGUACGACUUACGCUCGCGGGUACCGUUUGUCAGACAUCUAAACAGAAUGGGAUUUAUGCCUUUGGCCGCACAUCAAGUCGAUUUUGGUGCACAAGAGGGCGAAGAAGACGAAAUACCCCAUAGUAUAAUGGAUGAAAUCAGACGCAGAGAACAGGAAGAGGAAGAUCGUCGUGUCAGAAUGAGAUCAAACAUGGCGAACAAGAUGAAAAUGACACAAGAAACCAAAGCACAGAUAUCUGAAGAACAGAGAAAUAUGUUUUCGAAUGGAUUUUCAGCCAAAGAUACUUCCGUGUGCAUUCUUUGUGGCGUUCCAUUGGUUGAAGGAAUCCCAGACGACUUCGAAACGAGCACCGAUAUGGAACUGAAACGCAAGCUCGUGGUGCACGACAAGUUCAUGUCACCAUGGCAAUUCGCUAAGAACCUCACCACCGCAGACAAAGACCUUUCACGCAAGGUGUUUUUCGGUAGAUGUGGCCAUGUUUACUGUGGGAGAUGUAUCAACAACAUCAACAGAUACGCAAAACAGAAGGGCAAAUCCAGGCCCAAGAAGAAAAAAACCGACCUGGACAAAGUUGGGAUUGUAAACGGCUUCUGACAGGUAACUACUUUUUCCGCGAGUUAUAUGUCUGAUUGCUUGUCGUUAGGCGUAUGUGAAAGAAGGAAACUGUACACAUUCAUCGUCGUCAUCUUCAUGGUCAACGCAAUGAGCACAUUGGCGGAUAUAAUAUGAGAGGUUGACGGGGUAUUCUCCAGACUCGACUGUCUCGAUAUCAGUCUUGGAGCUCUGUGGGUAUAGCGGUAUUUUCGGGUUAAUUUGAUGGUGUUUGAACUCAGGUAGACUUGCGCUUAAUGGCAGCUUAACGUUUUCUGACAAAAAGCCUGGAGCAAAUGUUAUUUUCAGUGAGUCAAACACGUAGAACCUCUUAUUCUUGUAGUUCAGCGCCUUGAACUCAAGCUCAUUAUGGAGUUUCUUGAUAUUUAUUCUAAAAUCUUUGUCUGACUCUGAAUGAUACGUGAUUGUGCUAUUUUUGCGGAAUUUGAUGAUUUUCUUAUGAUUUUCUUUCAAAUUUGAUAAGUCGUAAGGGAAGAACAACAAUGAGCUGACACUUUUCUCGUUAUUGUAGAUAAUUAGCUGUAACUUGCCCUUGACUGGAAUUUCGAGACCGGGAAAUUUACGUUUUGAGCCUUUCGAGCUGCGUUCCUUUUCUUUGGCAAUGUAGUAAUCAUUCAGAUUGAUUUCUGCAAAAUAGGGCGAAUCGGAUAUGUCUUUCAUGAAUGAGGCCAUGAAUGGCAACAUGAUCUGCUUCUGAUACGUUUGCGAGCAGGCCGAAAGUUUCAUGGUAAAGGGG